AUGGAGAGCCAACAGGCGAGAAAAUCCGAGGGCGAUAAGGAGAGAAAAAUGUUGGAAGAGUCGAGAUUGGCUGAGAAAAUGAGAGACACUUGCAAGAGCAUUGACGGAUUUAUAUAUAAGCUCCCACGAAAGAAAAUCAUGGAAGAUAAUGAAAAUAGAUUGGCAAAGUACGAGAUCGGCAAGCGCAGAUCCGAUGGCGGAGUUGGAAAGGUACUCAUGUUAGUUGGCGCCAGCGGAGCAGGAAAGAGUACUCUCAUCAACGGGAUUGGAAAUUAUGUAUAUGGAGUGAAGUGGGAAGAUAAAUUCCGUUUCAAGUUGAUCGUGGACAAUGGAGAGUCUCAAGCCCACAGUCAGACAAAGUGGAUCACCGCAUACGUAUUGCACAAGCAAAAUGGAUUCGCUCUUCCCUAUACCUUGACAGUCAUCGAUACUCCUGGGUUUGGUGAUACUGAAGGUAUCACGGCAGAUGAAGUAUUGAGGAAUCAGAUUCGAGAAUUCUUCUCCUGUGGAGGGAACAUUGGUGUGGAUCAACUCGAUGGAAUCUGUUUCGUUGUCCAGGGUGCUCUGGCUAGGCUAACACCUACGCAAAAGUACAUAUUCGACUCCAUUUUGGCAGUGUUUGGAAAAGACGUCGAAGAAAAUAUUUAUGUGUUGACCACUUUCGCAGACAGCAAACGGCCGCCAGUUCUGGAAGCCCUCAAGCAUGCAGCUAUUCCCCAUCAAACAUACUUCACCUUUAAUAAUUCCGCUCUUUACAAUGAGCCAGUUGAGGACAUAGACGAAUUCGAUAAAAUUUGCUGGGACAUGGGCAUGAAUAGCUUCAAAAGGUUUUUCAAGAGGUUUCAGAUUUCAAAACCUGUGAGCUUGACAUUGACAAAAAAAGUAUUAGAAGAGAGGAGACGAUUACAAACAGCACUCCAAGGCAUUCAGCCACAAAUCAUAGCAGGUUUGGGAAGACUGGAACAGCUGAGGCAGGAACAUGAAGCAUUGAAAAAACACAAAGCUGCGUUGAAAGCAAACAAAAACUUCAAAAUAAAAGUGAAAGUUCAGAAGCAUGAAAAAGUAAACCUGGACCCCGGCGAAUACGUCACGAACUGCCUGAGAUGUAACUUUUCCUGCCACUACCCAUGCUUGAUAUCCCAAGACCAUGUGAAGGACAUGUGUUCUGCAAUGGGCGUGGACAUGGAGACAGGUGCAAUAACGCAUUGUCUCGUCUGCCCGAACAAAUGUCCCCCGGAUCAACAUUUCAACAACACAUAUCGUUUUGAAAUGCACGAGGAAGAAGAGACGAGGACUGCUGAAGACCUGAAGAAGAAGUACCAGAAAGCGGAGGGAAAAAUAUUGACAGCAGAAGGAAUUAUGAAGGCACUCAUCAAGGAGUUCAAUCGUGAGCGGGUCGAGAUUCUGGAACUGAGCAAGAGAGCGCAUGAGUGCUUGCAGAAACUUGACGAGAUAGCAUUGAAGCCCGAUCCCUUAGGGAUAACAGAUUAUCUGAACCUUUUGAUCGAGACUGAAAAAAGAGAAGGACGGUCUGGCCAUGUCCAGAGAAUCAAAUUCCUGGAGGAUACCCGAGCCAUGGCAGAAUUGUCACAAAAACUCAGACAUGAUUUUGAUCCUUUUCAAGAAUACAUGAAGGAGUUCGAGGAAGAUGGCUUUGAUAUCUCCCUUUUCGACCCGAAUCAUGGUAGUGAAGAUGAAGAUUCAUCUCCCUCUGAGUGCGAUACGGUUGAUGAAGACAGGCACGAUGAGGAAUAUGGAAGGGUUGAGCCAGGCAGAAGCGGCACGAGAGGAAGCGGGAUGGUGAGGCGGAAAAGAAGAGAUCAGAGUGGUCGUGAUGGAUUUCGUCUAACCCUUCUCAUCGAAGAGUGGCUGUCAUUCCUGGCUUUGAAGUUUCAAGUGUUAAAAUUGCAUGAAACACCUUUGGAGAUCCUCAUAUUACCUGGCACGCAGCUGUUUUAA